AUGGACCCCAACAAUAUGCCACCCCGGGGGCCGAACAAGGGGGCUUCUGCCGGGACUUCAAUAGGACUGGAGCGUGUAGACGAAGCCAAUGUAAAUACCGCCAUGUGUGUAACCGCUGUUACGGGGAACAUCCCGGAAGUGCCUGUUCAGGUGAUGAAAGAGCCCGAGUGCACACAACAAAAGAAAAGGUUCACUCAACCAGCAGCCAUCGCCAGUCCAACCAAGUCAAACGCUCAUAGUAAUAAUGUAGUUAAACCACUAACACCUAUUUUUGUAUCUAAAUUAGAAGAUUUUUUAGCAGAACAUCCCGAUCCAACGCUUGUUUCACAAUUAUGCACGAAUUUAAGAGAGGGGGCCCAUAUAGGUUUUGAAGGGCAGAGGACCCCCAGAUUUUCAAAAAAUUUGCCUACUGCCCUUACCCAACCGAAUAUUGUAACGGCUAAUUUGGCACAUGAAAUUUCUCUUGGCCGUGUGGCUGGUCCGUUCGAGACUCCACCAUUUCCUAAUUUCCAAGUUUCACCAAUCGGUUUAGUACCCAAAAAGAAUUCAGCAAAAUUUCGAACAAUUUUUCAUCUUUCUUUUCCAAAGUCUGGUUCAACCAGUAUCAACGCAUCAAUUUCAAGGGAAGAUUUCAGUCUCCAGUAUGUCACAAUUGACAAUGCAAUCGAAGGUAUUAAGCAUUUCGGCCACGGCUGUUUUUUAGCUAAAACUGGCAUUGAAUCUGCCUUUCGACUCAUUCCUGUCCAUCCAGACGACUACGAGCUUCUCGGCAUGUACUGGGACGGGAAAUAUUAUCAUGACAAAGUUUUACCUUUCGGCCUCCGAAGUGCUCCAUAUCUUUUCAACCAACUUUCAGAUGCUAUUGAGUGGAUAUUAAAAAAUAAGUGCCUGAUUUCAUUUGUAUGUCAUAUUUUGGAUGAUUUUCUUAUUAUGGAGCCACCAACCCAGGUGUCCCCACAGGAUCGCACUUGCCAACAAAGUUUAACUGCCACGAUGCUUACAUUUAAGCGUGUGUCUCUAAAAACCGCCCACUGACUUGGGGCUCGAAAAAUAAAUUCAUUCGAAACUUUUACCGUGAACUACAUUUACUUUAACAACAAACAACUGCUGUUUGGAAUUUUGAAAAUAUAUUUAGUUUCAAAGUUUUAGCGAUUUUUUGGUCUCGCACCGUCGCAGGACAAAUUCGCCGGCUAAUUAAACGAAAAAAUGGGCUGAAUUUAAAUAAACAUAAUUUCAAACGCUUUUGUUCAAAAUUUCUGAUAUUCACACCCAGCACCGGAACACUAUCGUAAUUUCAUCUAAACUAACUUAGGUUUUCAGUUACAGAGUAUUUGUGACAAUAUUUAGCGACAAAGUGCGCCAUGUCAAAAUACGGCUUUCAAAUCCUACUAUUUUCUACGCUGAAUUUCUUAAAAGUGGGACCUAAUUACAUACAGUGACUAGUAUAGUUGGAAAAAGGACACUUUGAAGUACUAAAAACCGUAAUAAAACUCGUCUGCAAACGCGAUUUGAACAAUUGAGAGCGUUUGAAAUUUGAUACCGUUUAUGGCCUUUUGCUUACAUCAGAAUGCUGCUGAGUCGGACGUCUGAGUUCGUGUCACUGCUAAAAAUGCGCUGUAGUUCUGCCAAAUAACAUUUUCUCAUUGCCUUUCUCUCAAAACAAAUGGAUAAUGUCAUAGUACUAAAUUAGAUUUCGUUGUUUAGCUUACAAGAUAUUUAAAUAGAUGAUAUUAAACAUAAAAUUGAAUCACGGUAAACACUUGCAAUGUCGCCCGGGGAAAACCCAACAAAAACACUUGCAAAAAAUGUCGCCCGAGGAAAACCCAACAAAAGCUUUUGUUUUGUAUUAAACUAUUACCUUUCCGGUAAUUACGUCACAACUGCAUGGAAGUGAGGCUGAGGGGCCAAAGCGUAUGCAAAUACGCGUUUGCUUUGGCCCCUCAGCCUCACUUCCACGCAAAUUAACAAUGCGAUUAUAUUUUCCUUUGCAGCGACGUGCAGGCGCAGUGUGAGAAGGAUGUUGGCAUGUUAGACGAGGUCUCUAGUAUCAGCCCACAUUGUACCGGUGGUUUGGGCAUACUGUCAUAGAGCGUAUUUCUUCCCUUGAUAUUUCAUGUAAAAAUCCCGCUCUUCUCAAAAUAAUCUCACGCUUGCUGAAACCAGAUCUCGACAAACGGCAACUUGAAACAUGGUUAUGAAUGUUCUCAUGACAAUCUUCUAAGCGUCUAAUACCCGAUUCACCCCAACACCCUCCGCAUACAGUUGAACCGAUAGCAUUAAAAGAACACAAUUUUGCAGCAAUAUAAUUCAAAGAUAAACUUCGCAGAAAGGUUCCAGAACUAAACUUUAUAAUUUAUAGACUUUUCGAACUAAGCAAUAGUUUAGUAUGCUGCAACGCGAACUCUAAAUAUAGCAUGUGCCACAUAUAGAAUUCGCGCUGCAUGCGGGCUUUUCCCCGAGUAGCAUAUUAAUUUGGUCAAGUUGUUUAUUUUAACAUGCCUAUUUAAUAUCCUGCGACGGUGCGAGACCAAAAAAUCGCUGAAACUUUGAAACUAAAUAUAUUUUCAAAAUUCCAAACAGCAUUUGUUUGUUGUUAAAGUCAAUGUAGUUCACGGUAAAUGUUUCGAAGGAAUUUAUUUUUCGAGCCCCAAAUCAGUGGGCGGUUUUUAGAGACACACGCUCUUAACAUCCCAGUGGCACCAGGCAAAACACAAGGUCCAGCAACUGUAUUAGAAUUUAUGGGUAUUAUCCUGGAUAGUGUUCGAAUGGAAGCUCGUCUUCCUGGUGACAAAAUUGAACGUCUCCGUGUUGCCUUUGAUAUAUUUCAAAAAAGGCGGUCAUGUACCUUGAAAGAACUUCAAUCACUUAUAGGUUCCCUCAACUUCGCAUGCAAGGUUAUUCCACCGGGUCGCCCUUACUUACAGAGAAUGAUCGAACUGACAAGAAAUGUAAAACAGCCCCACCACCACAUAAAACUUAGUGCAGGCUUUUUUAAGGAUUUUGAGAUGUGGAAACAGUUCAUUGUUAACUGGAACGGUGCUAGUUUUUUCUUGUCUUGCAUGGGAAGACUCGGAAUGCCUCGAGCUCCACACUGA